GCAUCAUUUCUAAUAUUUGUAAUGACAACAACAUUUAAUGUAAUGUUUUGCAUAUUACCAAAAUUCUCAGUUACGCUGAAAGACAAAAAAGAUUGAAGUUCUUAUUGUUAUUAUCCAUCGAUACCGCAGUCAAGUCGUACUAUGCCAGAAAAUGAAAAUGGCAUAAGCGAGUCCAAAUUUGCGGGCGUCACGCUGCUUAUUUUGUCGAUCUGUUUGCUGGUCGCCUUCCCACAAUGGUUGUUACUGUGCAUCUUUGCGGACAAUCACCUGCUGUUCACGAUGUCCUGUUUCUUCCUUUCGGUCCUGCUGCUCGCCUGCAUCCAUCUCCUUGAACCGCUAAAGUACUCGAGACCCUGGAACUUUAUUGCCAUCGCCAUUUGCUACGAGCUGCUGACACUUGGGGCUGCCAGUUUUUUGAUGGAAUGGUCACUGAUUCAUACCAUUAUAAUUAUUGCAGUGGCCCUUAUGUUCCUUGUGCUGUCGCUGCUCAUAUGCUUUCUCCUAAUCUGGACUGGAUUCUUUGCGAACCCCUUUAAAGUGGCCGUCGUGGGAGCCAUGGGCUUUGUCCUGGCCUUUUGCAUUACCCAGAUGGACGUUCUCGUUGCCUGGUUCUUUUGGAGAGAUGUGGCCAUCGGUGUAUUUAUAUUUAGUGUGAUUCUUGUGAUGAUCUGCCACGUGCUGAUCACCUACAACAAUUUCGAAGUACUGGUCAAGGAUGAUGCUCUGCUGGUCGGAAUUGUGCUAUACGUCAUCUAUUUACUCCUCGUGUUGGGCUGUCGGGUUUCUGCCAAUUGCAUUAAUAGAAAUAUUAUUUAUUAUAAAGGGACGACCGCUGAAAACGGCGACAUAAACUGGGAAGACGAUGAAGAGGAUACCACAAUUUACAGAUAAGGUCUUUUGGUAAACAACACUUUCCAUUUUGAUUAUUUUUCAUAAAAAAGUUUAUUAUAUAUGUUU